AGAACAACCACCAUUGAAGUUAAAUGAAUUUCUGCCUCAACUUGUGCGGUUGUUGGCUGUCAUAACAACUCAAAUAGUUAAUAAUAUCAACCUAACUCACCAUCGCUUCAUGUCAUCUCUGUGUUCAACACUCAUGACGUCAUUCUCUCGCGUCAAGAUGGCUUCGGUGAAGAAGGGGAAGAAGGUGGUGAAUCAGGAUGAGUUACGGCGAUUAAUGAGAGAGAAGAAACUGUCGAGCGAGCGGCAGAAACGCGUUGAAUCUCCGUACGCCAAGUACAACAGUGUGGGUCACCUGAGCUGCGUGCUGUGUAACGUGCAGGUGAAGUCUGAGCUGCUGUGGCAAACACAUGUGCUGGGCAAACAACACCGAGAUAAAGUGAACGAACUCAAGACCAAAUCAUCAUCAUCAUCAUCAUCAAUGCUGAAGAGAGAAGCUCCUGCGGACACUUCAUCAUCAUCAUCAUCAUCAUCGGUGAAGAGAGUAAAGCUGCAGGACGCCGCAGGUGUCACAGCUAAACUCCAGGAGGGAAAAGCUGCAUCUUCACAUCGCUCUGCAGGUCUGGGGCUCUUGGCUGGACACUACGAUGAUGACGACGACGAAGACAUGGACACAAGCAGUAAAACUCCAGCUGAAGACUCCGUCCCUGCUGCCGCCACCGGCGCGCUUCCCGCAGACUUCUUCGACAGCAGCGUCCACGGCGUGUCUCACUCAGGUUCAGUGUCCAAAGCCGGCGAUGAUGGAGAGACUGUGGCGGCGGAGAAGAAGGACAACACGGCCGAAGCUCUACCUGAGGGCUUCUUUGAUGAUCCCGUACGAGACGCCAAAGUCCGUAAUGUAGACACACCGAAAGAUCAGCUGGACAAAGAGUGGGAGGAGUUUCAGAAGGAGAUGCGGCAGGUGAACAGUGCGUCUGAUGCCAUUGUCGCAGAAGACGAUGAGGAAGGCCGUCUGGAGCGACAGAUCGAUGAAAUCGACGAGCAGAUCGAGUGUUUCCGGCGAGUGGAGGUGUUACGAGCCAAACAGGAGGUUGUGAAGAGUACGAUAACAAAAGAGAAAUGGCGGAGAGAUGAGACGCAGCAGUCCGGCAGCGAUGAGGAGGAUGAGGAAGAGCUGAUGCACGUGCUGACGCAGGACUGGAGGGCCAAAGGGGCUCUCGCUUAACAUUAAAGACACCGUUGCAUGUGAUUGUCACUUUGACUUUGUGUCCUAUCACUUUUGACCCCUAACAGUUACUCUCAAAAUAUUGUUUAUUAAAUAUAGUUCAUAUCAAA